AUGGCCGAUUCUCCAAACAAUGACCACUCGCCACGUUCACCUGUAACGGAUUCUGCCAUCGCUGCCGCCUCCGCCGCAGGUGGCGGCGUUAACAGUCCCCAGUCACGGCGGUGGGGACCCUCCUCGGUUUGGGCCUCUGUCGUUCGUGGAGAUUCCGACCCAAUCUCUUCACCCACAGCCGCUGCGUCUCGCUCCUCAACGUCUCCGCCGCCGAUUGCUGUGGCUGCGUCGGAGCAGCCUUCUGCUUCUGAAAAGGCUCCGAUGGAGAGUUCGGGCCUGGAUUCCCAGCCUGAGAGUUCCAAUGUUAACAGUGACGGCAAUGCAGGCCGUCCGAGGAGGCAUGCUUGGAAUACACCUGUAAACGGCGUCGUUGAGCCUGGUUCUGUUAUGGGUGAUGCUGUUUCUUGGCCCGCUCUCUCUGAAUCAACCCGGACCCCUAGAUCAUCAUCGGAACCCUCCAGACCUGUUCCCGAUGGAUCAUUAUCUUCUUCUCAGGGACCUAUAAUAUCUCAACCACCUCAGAGACAAGUUAAUACCAAUGCUCAUGUUAAUUCUACUGUGAACAAUACUAGACAAAGGUCAAGGAAUCGUGGUGGAGGUGCUGGUGGAGGUGGCGGCUCAGGAAGUGGGCCUUCUUCUAGUGCCUUUAGUCGGCAGGCUCCCCCUUCGCCACCUCCGUUUCCUGUGUUUGAUAUGUCUUAUGCUAAUGUGGUACCACCUAUGCUGGACGCUCCUGUGAGAGGGACGAGGCCAGGAGGAGGAGUUGGGGGUUCCCAGCAACACACCGGUAAUGAUCAUUCUUCUCCAAGGAAUAAUUCAAGAAGGGGUAACUAUGGGCCCCGCCCUCGUGGAGAUGGACCAUAUCAUAUUAAUCAUGGAGGCAGGCGGGAUCAAGAUCGCAGAAAUGUUCAUCUUUCCCAUCAAUAUGUUCCUCCUGUGGGGUAUAUGCCAUCCCCAUUACCCCCUGGCGCACCGUUCAUGGCUCCUCCACCACCCGUAAGAGUUUUUCCUGGCCAAAUGGGGUUUGAUAUGCCAUCUCCCUUUAUCUAUGUUCCAACAUUGUCCCCAGAGUCUUUCAGGCCUAUGCAGAUAGUGCCUCCACCGCCACCAGUGCUGUUUGCUCCUAAUGAUCCUUUGCCCAGUUUGAUUGUGAAACAAAUAGAUUUUUACUUCAGUGAUGAAAAUUUGGUGAAAGAUAAUUUUUUGAGGUCCAACAUGGAUGAUCAAGGAUGGGUGCCUAUCAAUUUGAUAGCCAGCUUUCCACGAGUUCAGCAAUUGACAUACGAUGUCCCAUUGAUUUUGGAUUCUUUGAGAAAUUCAACCAUUGUGGAAGUACAGGGUGACAAGUUGAGGAAACGUAACGAGUGGAAGAAAUGGCUACACAAUGCUAGUUGGUCUAACACUGAUUCUGGCCCACACACCCCUGGUGCUUCAUCUGAAAAUGUUCUAGCAACCUCCUUCCAGAGGGUUUCACUGGACGAUGCUACAAUUGAUGCAAAUGGCACUAUGGAUGGUCAGACUGAGAUGUCUCCAGAAAGUUUUGCACAUUCAAUCAAGGAGGCAGCUGGAGGGGGAGAAAAAAAUAAACAUUUGGCCCUCCAUGAUUUUGUUGCAUCUCAACCAGCAGUAAUGCAACAGUGUUGUCAUGGGCUUUUUAUCAAGCUUGUGUUCAUAAUCAUUUGGUGUAAUCUGUUCAUACCAGUGAGUUCCUUGACCUGCCAUUGUGGUUUGGGAACCUUGCGGGCAACAUUAGAUAGUGGACUAGUGUUGGACACUGUAUUUGAAGGAUUUGAUUCUGGAUAUAGAUAUGAAGCCCUUGGGCAUGGAGCAACAUUGCAUAUUUGGGCAAUUGACGCAAGAUGGCUCAUUUCAAGAGGAAAGAUUAUUCUGUGUGAAAGCAAGGACAACGAAUAUUCAGCCCAACAUAAGUUCGGAUUGCUGGUAAAACAAGGCGCGAUUGGGUUAAUAUUGAUCAACGAUGAGAGAGCCGUGGCAUCAACUUAUGGAUCUUCUCCUGUGGCUGUUGUCACCGAAGAAGAUGGAGCUCGGAUACUCUUUUAUAUCAACUCAAACAGAUAUAGCAGCUCCAGGAGUAGCCAUGUUUCGGGAGUUGCAGCAACAGUCAAAUCGCUACACCCGUCAUGGAGUCCCUCUGCAAUCAAAUCUGUUAUCGUGAUAUCACGAUAA